AUGCGGUUCAACGUGGCUCUUGCGCUCCUUCUCGCCAGCGGCCCGCUGACCGUUCUGGCUGCUCCUAUGCCCCAGCAGCAGGAUGGCAGAAACGGCGUGCUGGCGAAUGUCGACAAGGCGGUAAACGACGCGGUGUCGAGGGCCAACGACGUAGCGGCCGCGAACGGCGGCACGCCCCAACUCACCAACGUUCCUGGAGUCCCUACGGUUCUUGGCGACACGGGGGCAGUUGCUCCGACGGGCAGCGACAAAGGAAAAUCCCGUCGUCAAUUGCCCCUCGAUGCUCUUGGUAGUGUCACAGGCGCCCUGGGCGAACUUGGCGGAGUGAACCCGCUGGGCCAGGGCCAGGGCAGCGCUGGCAGCGCUUCGCACAGCCCGCAGUUCUCUCGCAGACAGGCGGAGGAUCCUGAGGACAUCGACUCGCCCGAAAUCAACGUUCCUGGAGUUCCUGUGGUUGUUGGCGACAAAGGAAAAAACCGCCGUCAAUCCCUCGAUGCUAGUGGUAGUCUCUCGGGCACCCUGGACGGACUCGGCGGAGUGAACCCGCUGGGCGAGGGCCAGGGCAGCACUGGCAGCGCUUCGCCCAGCCCGCAGCUCUCUCGCAGACAGGCGCAGGGUUCCGGUAGUGACACGGCCCCUUCCACUCCUGAAGGCAACGGCUCGACCUCGUCCAGUCCCCUGGGUGGUUCUCCUCUGGGCGGUUCUCCCUUGGGCGGCUCCUCCCCAUUGAGCGGCCUCGGCUUUUUGACUUUGUGUGGAUGUACCUUAUAG